CUCUCGCCGGGAUUAUCCUAGACGAGCGAAAAAAAGUCACCAGAUCACGAUCGAUCGACGGUUCACCAACGCAAUCAAUUUGAUUCAUCCGAGGACGAUCAUGAUACUCGCAAUUUUGUGUAGUCUCGUCGUUGGACGAGCCAUCGCUUCACCCAUCGCCAAUGUUUGGCUUAGUCCGAUACCAGCCCUUUCGCCAUUGAGACAAUUCCACAUACAAGACGGAUCGGGGUCUUAUCAGUAUUCCUUCACGGGUCCUCAUCAUGCCAAAGCGGAAUCUACUUUGAACGGUGUAACGCAGGGUGGAUACUCCUAUAUCGAUGCGAAUGGUAUUCUGCAAACGGUCUCGUACACGGCGGACGAUGAGAACGGAUUCAGGGUCAGCGCAAGCAAUUUGCCGCAAGCUCCGAAGAAAGAAUUGCAAACGAUACAAGACACGCCAGAAGUGGCUGCGGCGAAAAGAAAUCAUCUCGAGGAGUUGCAGAAGUCGCAACAGGCGAAUUGGCAGGAUCAGAAUCUCCUGUCGUAUAAAAUCGUGCCGUCGUACUUCAGCUUUGCCCAAAUCCAGCAAGAUCAAAACAGCAAAAACGAAUUGAACCCCAACACGCGAGAAACGCAAAGUACCAAGAAUCCAUUUUUGCUGACAAGAUCGGAGGCGGAGAAAAUCGAUGUCCCCAAGCCAGAUCCGAGUCUCUCGAAGGUAUCGCCUGCGCCUUCAAAUCCCACCACUAUCUCGUCAUCACCCACUUCAGCAUCAUUAAAGGAGAGUACGCUUCUCAAGCGCGAACAGUCGCAGACGUCUUAUUCUAAUCAGAAUGCGUUGCAGCUGGGAAAGUUUGUACCGCUUGUCACCAGUGUCCCGAGACCGGUAGCCGUGCCUACGUCCUACGUACUUCCGGUGAUGCCUUACAGACUCCUUCACAGUUCGCUGCAUCAUACCCAGGAUUCUCUGGGCCAAUACGAUUACAGUUACACCGGGGACUCGAGCGCCAAAACCGAAUCCAGAUCGCUCGACGGUACCAAGGGAGCCUAUAGUUACAUCGAUCCCAAUGGGAUCCUUCAGCAGGUGCAUUACAUCGCUGAUCAUAAUGGAUUCAGGGUUAUGGCAACUAAUCUGCCCGAAGCGAAAUGAUGAUGCAGUAAUGUCCCGCGGGACUUGAAAGCGUUCGUUUUGGAAAAAAAAUCGCGGUAUCAUAUGUAUGAGAUGUCAAAACGUUAAUGUCAUAUACAACUUUUAUUUCUGAAUUUCAGAUUUUUUAAAUGCUGGACUUUAAUUCAUUUUUAAACUUGGA